AUGGAAUGGUUAGAACACAAAGAAAAGUUAAUUGAAUGUUACCUUUGUAAAAAGAAAGGAACAAAAAGAGAAUUUGCAAAUUAUGGAAAUAUAUUCUUUUGUACUUGGAAAGAAAAAUAUGCCUAUCAAAUAUAUCUUGAUAUAGUAGACCCUUGCCAUAACUAUACUUAUGAAGGAAGGGAAGGACACUGGCUUAAUACCAGACAGUCAGCAGGAAAUUAUAUAACAGUCAAUAGAUCAAUGGUAAAAAGAAUCUAUAACUAUAUUGCAAAAGGAGAACCUAAUCUACAACAACUAGAACUUCUAAAAGAAAAAAGAGAAGGAGAUGAAUUCUCUUAUCCAGAGACACCAAUCCUCUAUAAUGAAGAAAAUGAUGUCAAAGAAGAAAUAGCUCAUAACCAAGCUGUUACUGAAAGCUUAAAUAAUCUGGAUAAAGAAAAAACAAGAAAACCAGGAACAUAUGAUGAGUGGUGUAAAAAAACCUCCAAAGUAGGAUGUACUCUUUGUAAAGAAUGUCUUUUACCAAUCAAUAUUAAAGAAGAAAGUAGUUAUGUAAAUGUAACAAACAUGAUAGAAAAAGCCAUCUACCUAUACUGUAUUGAUUGCUACAACAAAGUAUAUCAUCCAACACAAUAUUGCACCAAAUGUAAUCAAAACCCCUUAGGAUCAGAAGAAGACCUAGCAAGAGGAAUAUGUUGA